AUGUCCAUCUCCUCACCAUUGCCUUCAAAAGUCAUGGACCCGGCACGGCUGAGACCUCAUCAUUCAAGCGCAAAUUCCCAGAGCGAUGACUACGCAUCGGACUAUCAGACUUCUGAUGAUGGUUAUGACUAUAACGUCGUUGACGAUGCACCAGAAGCACAGCCAACAAAAGCCAAGAAAUUCAAACCGGCUAUAACUUCCCAGGCUUCCAUUGAAGCUAGUGCAUCGAAGGGGCUAGAAGAUGCAGACCAUGCAUUUACAGAGUUAAUGCCACAUAUCUGGCAGCGCCAUGCUGGCCGGCGGAGGGCCAAGAUACCAGAAGUAGAUCUGGAUUUGGAAAAGGGCGUUAGUGGUGGCGCAGCAACAGACGAGAAGAAGUCAUCGAAGGCGGCCCCAGAGGUGACAAAUAUCAAGCUGCGCUGGACCAUGCCCGAGAUCGAAGGUUGGCGUGUACUACAGUUGGAUUCUAGUAAGCCAGAUGUCGAGGUCCAAGAGCCUUAUCUGCAACAGCGCAGAGUCCGAUGGCACCAUUCUGAGCGAGACGUUAUGCAACUGGACAUACCUGAGGACCUAGUCAAUGAAUGUCAGUCUCAGGGCUUAGCUCGUGGCGAACGAGGACUCACACGACGUCUGCUCAAGAGAGUCCGUAACGUUGCGGAAAGAGAGAGCAUGGCGUCCUCUCUGGAGCCUGCACAGCGACCGAUCAACCUGAUCGAGUUGGCCGACAGAUGCGAGCAGCACCUCAACUCGUUGAAAACGUAUGCGAACAAUAGCAAAACGAAGCACAACAGCGGGAAGAAGAAGGUCUUACUUGAGGAUGUUAUCACACGCGUCAACAGCAAUACUCAAUCCCUCAAAGCCUGGACCGCUGCGAUCACCAAGGGAAGGCAGACAUCCGAUAAAGAAAUCAAGGCAUCGGUCAAUUCGGUCUUCGAGGACAUCGUAUCGCGGGUAAAUGAUGCUAAAGAAGCUCUGGGCCACAGGCUAGCGUUCUCUAUCUGGAUACCUGAUAAAUCCAAGUGCUUCAUGCUGCAAGGCUGUAUACCCAAAUCGAAGCUGACUUCGGAACAGGGCAGACUAGAUCUGAAUGGGAAUGUUGGCAAUGCGGAUGACCCCGGGGAUGGCAAGAUAUACGAUCAAGGGAGCAUACAACAGGCGAGCCAGAUCCUAAAGGCAUUCUAUGAUGCGUGGUCGGAACCCAUCAUCAAAGCCAAUGGCGCGAACCCGACGUCACCAGACAUACUACGGAAGGUGGGAAAGAUUCCAGAUAUGGCGAAAAUCUGCCUCAUUCUACGUGGAAUGAAGCAGGAGAGGCUUCUCGACUGUUUUUGCGAAGAAUCCAAGGAUGACAGGCAUCUGCCGCUCAAGGUAGAGACCAAGAGAAUUAUCUUCGAGCCGGACGACGCCGACCACGCGAAGAACUUUUCCAAUGAGCAAUAUAGGGCUAUGUGUCGAACUUGGAACGAUGGUGAACACAUCAAGAUUGCCGAGGAAGAGCCCCUACCCUUGAAAUAUAUAAAUGAGUACGGGAAAGGAUCCUACGGCAGUGUGACAAGGAACCAACACGCUUUCACAGAUGCAUUCUACGACUGCAAGGAACAAAUCUCCGUCGAAGCAAGAGCCCAUCUACUGCGAGAAAUCGCAAGGCUCAAGAAACCUGGACACAGGCAUAUUGUGCAAUUCGUCAAGUCCUACCAGCGUGGGACUCGCUACGGGAUCCUCCUGAAGCCUGCCGCAACCACUGAUCUCAAGAAGCUCCUCGACAGAUACCGCAGAAACGGCCUCGAUUACGACAGGGAUAGUCGAGACCGUCGGAGAGAUCGCGUUGUCCUUAAGCUUGUUCUAUUGACGAAAGCUCCAGGGCCAAACCCAGCACGAUUUCUGUGGGCGGACUUCGGUCUUGCUCACGACUUCGGUGACUCGGGGCACAGCAAGACGACGAGCAAGUCCCGCCAUCGUUAUUCGCCACGUUACGCUGCUCCAGAAGUCAUGGAGGAGUUUGAGGCCCGCAAAGCAAGAGGCGAGAUCGAACACGAGGACUCGGAUGAUGACGAAGAUGAAGAUGCAGCGGCGCAAUCCAUUGGUGGUCCUGGUAACGCUAUCGGCCAUGGACGGAGUUCUAACAUCUACUCCUUCAGUAUUGUCUUCCUCAAAGUCCUCAGCUACCUAAUCACCGAAGGAUCGGAUGCCUCUGUCCCAAGCGACUGUGAAAGUUGCAUGCCGUUUUGGAAGAACACCGAAGGCGUACAAGCUUGGGCCAAAAAGCAGAUCCAAAGAUUGACACGAAAAGACCCGUUGGUAUUCCUUUUCCGGCUCAGCUCAAAGAUGAUCGCACGCAGGCCCGGAGAUCGGCCUAUCAUUUCCGACGUCGUCCGAGGCCUGACGGAGGCAAAUCAGCAGUACUUUUGCACCGCUUGCCUCCAACAGCCCGAGGAGCCUACGUCACAAGCGGUCAUUGCCGAGGAACAGAUGGUCGAAGGGCUGGAGAAGGCAAAAUGCCUCUCCUAA